AUGGAGUACAGCACGGGGUGGCUCAAUCCUGACGCCUCCCAGGAGCCUCUGUCAGGUUGUUUAGCUACGUCCAAUCAGACCCAGGAGGUCACACGGAUUAUUGCCAAGUCUGGUUCUGGUGGCCCAGCGAAGUACAGCAACAAGCACGAGACACAAAAUCGCCAAGACCCACAGUCACAACCCUGCCCCGACGGGGCGGCGGUUCCGGGGCCCCCUGUCGCCCUGCGCACCCUGCACACCCCAACUCUGGGGCGCUCGGCGGCCCACCCCUCCCCCUCUCUGCCUGGCUCCUACGCCAUCGCCCUCCCAGCAGCUUGCAGAGCUUGCCCGGGCUCACACCCGCCCCACCCCACCCCCAACCUGCCCCACGGGGGGAGGGGGACAUUAGGCUGCAGAAUUAACCCUUCAAGGGGGUGUGAGCGGGGCCCCUUCCACGCCCCCAGGUAUCACGUCUCUCGGCCGCCGCUCGCUCGGACGCCAUGCCGGGGCCCCCUUAGUCGCCCCCCAGCUCCGUGCGCGCCCGGAGGCGGGGCCAGGCUCAGCCCCAGACCCCUGAGCCCCCAGGUCAACCCCAGAGGGGAGCUGUCGGGGCGCAGGGCGCGGCCCGGGCCCCCGCGGCGCCGGGCAGCGGGAAGGGGGCCCGGCAGUUGGCUCCGGUCCGCCCUGGCCCUGCCCGGUUCGCCCCGGGGCCCACCUGACUGCGAUGGCGCCGCGUCCGCCAGGCCCGGCUCAUCACCGUGGCCGCCCCCGGCCGCUCCGGUUUCGCCCGCCUCCAGCUCCGGCUCCGGCUCCGGCCCCGGCCCCCCCAGCGCCCGGCCCCGGCCCGGCCCCGCCGCCGCCGCCGCUGACAUCAUCGGCUCCCCCCGCCCCGGUCCUACCCCCACCCCCACCCCCGGAAACAGUCCCCCCCCCAGCGCCGCUGCUGCCGCCGCCGAGAGGAGGCCGGCGCAGCGCAGGCGACACCGACACAAGGCUCGGAGCGUCCGACGGCCUUCGCCAGGGCCGAUGCCGCGCAGGGAAAUUCGGCCACGCAGGACCACCAGGCGGGUGGACACCAGCUGGGCGCGGGCUGGGAAUCCCACCCCAACCUCAGGAAAGUUCCAGGGAAGAACCCCACCCCUACUCCAACCAGGUCACAAUGGCUGGAGCUCUGAGGGGCCCAGGUCCCCUGAGCCAGGAGGAGAGGAGGAAGUACAAAGAAAGAUGGCUUACAGUCACCCUGACUUCAACCUGCCCGACCUUACCCAGCCAUCGCCGCCCUCCACUCCACCCAGCCUCCCCUCGCACCAGCGCUGCCGGCCCUCUGAUGCCACCAAGGGCCUGUUCGUGGCUCUGCUGGGUGGGGGACUGCCUGCUGGCUUUGUAGGCCUCUUCUGCCGCAUGGCUUACCAGGCUUCCCACUUGCCCUCGCUGGAACUGCUCAUCUAUCGAUGCCUCUUCCACCUCCCCAUUGCCCUGCUACUUAAACUGCGUGGCGACCCACUGUUGGGACCUCCUGAUGUCCGGCGCCGGGCUUUCUUCCACGCUGUGCUCAAUGUCCUCAGCAUCGGAUGUGCCUACACUGCGGUUCAGAUGGUGCCCGCUGGCAAUGCUGCCACCGUUCGCAAAGGUUCUUCCACUAUCAGCUCUGCUCUUCUUGCCCUCUGCCUCGAGAGCCAGGGUCUCAGCAGCUAUGACUGGUGUGGCCUGUUGGGCAGCACCCUGGGACUAAUCAUCAUUGUGGGACCUGGACUAGGGACACUGCAGGAGGGGACCACGGGCCUCUACACUGCCCUGGGCUAUGUGCUGGCUUUCCUGGGAGGACUGGCACUGUCACUGGGGCUUCUGGUCUAUCACUCCCUUCACUUCCCCUCUUGUCUACUGACAGUGGCCUUCCUAUUUGGCUUGGUGGGGCUGUUGGUCUCUGUGCCAGGCCUCUUUGUGCUGCAGACCCCUGUGCUGCCCAAAGACCCUCUGAGUUGGAUCUGUGUGGGGGCAGUCGGGAUCCUUUCCUUGGUCUCCUUUGUGUGUGUGAGCUAUGCGGUCACCAAGGCCCCUCCUGCUCUGGUGUGUGCUGUCCUGCACUCUGAGGUGGUGGUGGCCCUAAUGCUGCAGUACUAUGUGCUCUAUGAGACCGUGGCACCUUCUGACAUCACGGGGGCAGGGGUCAUAUUGGGCAGCAUUGUCAUCAUCACAGCCCGGAACCUCAGCUGUGAGAAGGAAGGGCAGGUGGAGGAAUGAGAUCUAAC